AUGGAUAAUGAAAUUGAAGACUUGGUAGGCGACGUGAAGUAUACAGACUCCCAAAAAAGUGUAGCCACAUCGAACAUGUACUCAAUGGACUUCACCGACAGCAGUUCAGACAAAAAUAACUCCUCCGGCAAAGAGACAUACGUCAUAGAAUGGGACGAGAGCGACGACAGCGAAAAGUACUUCAAUCUACAUGAAAAUCAAAGCGUUAUUAACUUAAAUAAUAAAGCUACUACACCCAUAACAGUGAAUUAUAAUGUCAAUAUUGAACGUGAAACUAUUAAUAAGUCAACUUCAGCGAGCUUUCACAAAUGCGCUAUUGCGCAGGAAAUUUUUACACAGACGAGCAAAACUAUAAUAGAGCUAGCUGAAAAAGAAGGCUUGAAAAAAACUAUAGAAAGUAGAACACUCCAGACGCAGACGUCCCUUCUAUCGAUAGCAGAAAAUAAGAAAAUCGAAUACCGAAUACAAGUAUCUGGUGCGCAAACAACAUUUGUGCGAUAUGAUGAUUUAUACGCUGAAGGCAAUGAUCCAUUUCAUGUAGCUUGCAACGGAGUACAUAAUUAUAAUGAAAUGCCUUUAGAUGACGAAUCCUCCAAGCGAUUACAUGACCGGAAAAGUGAAUGCAGUUUCGAUGACAAUGUUGCUAUCAAUAUUGCAAAUGAAUCCAACGGGGACGGAGAAAAUAAAGAAGAAACAUCAUAUGAAAAUAACAGUUUGUUUGACCAAACUUCAAAAUCAGAUACGGACAUAGAAGAGGAUUCGUUAAUGUGCAAUGAAUAUAAUGAUAAUAGGAACUAUAAAGCUGACAGCACCAGCGACACGAGUGAAGUACCAAAAUCUGUGGAUGAUGAUAUUGAAAAUCUAUAUAAAAAGCUGUCGGAAAAAAAUAACUUUUACCUUAACGCUGAAAGAUCCUGUGAACCCAUCACUUCACGUUUCAAUACUUUAACUACAUUAACUGAAGAACCCUUGAAAAACGAAAAUGUAUUGGAUAUUACGCCUCUUGGUGAUGGUAUAGUUGACACGAAAGAAGAUGAUAAAUAUGUUCUUUUUGUAAUUGAUUCUGGUAUCAAAGUGAAAGUUCUGCCUGAUAAUGAGAAUACGAAAGUAAAAGAAGACAAAGAUAUUUUCAAAUUACCACCUCUUAAAUCAAAUCAGUCUUGUCCAACUAGUCCACACUUUAAUUUUAAGUAUUCGGUGAACCAACAAGCUGGGAACAAGAACUCCUUUUUAGAAGGAGAACAGAAGAAUUGUCCCUUGGACGACAGGUGGGAAAUCGCGAAUAAGGAUCUGGCCGCAGGGGAAAGUCCUCUCAUAAGCGGCAGAAGUGAUCAAUUAGCCAAAAGACUGUUCGAACCAAUACAGCUGCCACCCAUACACGCCGAUGGUAACAUUAAGAAUAUCGUAGGAAAAGUUAUAACCAAUGAAUUCAACAAAAUCUCAAAUGUUACCGUCAAGAAUGAUUUGCACAAUAAACAUCUGGAAUCUAUCAAUAUAAAGGAUAAAAUUGGGGAGCUGAAAAUGAACAACAAUUUGAAAUAUUGGCCCCAAUUUAGAUAUAGCAACUCGACGACAGAAAGCAGAACAAGUAGGAGCCCUUCUCCUGACACUCCAUCGUUGGAGGACAGCCGUCUGGGUGACGUGGCCGAGCGCGGCUGCGAGGCCCUCUGCUCGGAACUGCUCAAGCGUCUCAAAUCCACCUCUUGGUUUGAAGUGUCGGAUACGUUGCUUGAGCUACCAAAAGUCAUGGACAAAUUUUGGGGAGUCAUACAUGAAACCCGCAUAGCUGAUCUAAUAAGACAAGUUAGCUGCCACGUCGACUCGCCGCGCACCCAGGUGGCGAGAUACGCCUGCAAUACUCUUGCUUCGAUAUUGAAAAAUACAAACUACACUAAAAAACCGGACUUCUACGAGGCAGUUACAAUCUUGUUGGUGAAGACGGGCAGUUUCAGUAGGCCCGUGCGGCGCGCGGCAAAUGUAGCACUUGACGCCAUCGUCUCCGGAGUGGAACUACCGCACGCUGUCACUGCACUGUGUAUUCACGGCACAAGUCACAAGAACCCGCUAGUACGUUGCGCGGCGGCGCGCCUUCUAGUGGUGAGCUGCGCGCUGGCUGCGGGCGGGCGGGAGUUGCUGCGGACGCGCCCCCCCAGCGCUGUGUGCGCUAGACGGCACGCGCUGCGGUCGCUGGCAGCGCUCUUGGAGGACAAGAACGUAGAAACUAGAAAAUACGCGGAACGCUUGUAUUCUAUGCUGCGGCCCCUGACUAAUUUCGAAGCAUUCUACCUGACUGACUUGGAAGUAGAAGUGGCCACCAGACAAAUGAAGAAAUACGACCAGCUGCUGCUCUGCGGACCACCGAAGGAGCACAGAUGAUCACUCUGUCACUUCAGAUAACAAUCAGAAUUUACCAUCUGAAACUUUAUCGGGGCGUCGAUUUGCUAACAUAAGUCCAUUUUUUACGGUGAUGAGUUUCAAAUAUGGACUCUGGUGCUUUAAUGUACAAAAAAUAUAAUAGAUGGCGCUAUCACUAAAAAUUACAAGCAAUAAAACGUUAACUGGCAGAUAUUUAAAAAAGAAAAUACGUUUGGUUAAAGUAAAGAAAUCAAUUAAACUUUUUAAAUGUGGUAUGUAUUUUGAAAAAAAUACUAAAUGCACAUAAUUUGUCUCACUAUCACGAAACGCCGUCUAUUAUAAUAUAUUGCUAGACUUAAUUUAUUGAAGUACGUACACAAUAAUUCAAAUUCUACCCUCGUAUUUUGGAAUCUUUUAGUGUUCUUCUGACUGACAACUAGGUAUCAAGAUCAUGUUAAUUAUUAGAGAAAAACAAAAAGUUGUGUCUUAUAAACAACAAUCCCAAUGCAUUAUCUUUUGUUUUGUAAAUAACUAGUAGUAUAAUAUUAUUUCACAUGUUUUUAUAGAGAAUUUUGUAGACAGUUUAACUUUAGGUGACUUGUGUUAUUCGUGUCGUGUAAAACUUGUCUUGCAACGACCGUGUGUAUCAUUCUAAUUUGUGUCGUUAUAUCUGUAACCUUACUGUACUGCAACUUUACUGUGAAUAUAUUAGUGGUUUCGAUG